CCGGAGGAAGCAUACCCGAAACUCCCCUCCCCUCUCCUUACAAUACCGCGAGGCGGCGGCUGACGUCGCUUAGCCGCUUUCCCACACCUUCGCCGCCGCCUAUACUCCUGCAGAAAUAGCCCCAGGGAGGGCGGUUGCUGCUGCUUCGUGUGCGGUGUUCCUUCCCCCGCCGCACGCGGGAUCCAUUUGACGGACGGACCGACCGAGCGACCCACCCGUCCACCGAGAGCCAUGGGGCAGAGGCAGAGCCACAGCAAGCGGGACGGGAGCAGCCACGGGCGGCGGUCGCGCUCCUUUCAGCAGCAGCCGUCGGCGCAGUGGGGCGCCGGAGGAGGAGGGUACUACCAGCAGGACCCAAGCACCGGCUACUACGGCGCGCCGGUGCCACAACAGGGAGGAGGGUACUACCAACAGGACCCAGGCACCGGCUACUACGGCGCGCCGGUGCCACAGCAGGGAGGAGGGUACGCCGCGCCGUACCGGGACAAGCCCGCCGCCGCCGCCGCCGUUGCUGCUCCGGCGCCGCAGGCUGCGAAGCCGCGGCAGCUGGAUCGCCGGUACUCGCGGAUCGCCGACGAGUAUCACUCGGUGGACCAGGUUACUGAUGCUCUAGCUCAAGCAGGACUUGAAUCAUCAAAUCUUAUUGUUGGCAUUGAUUUCACAAAGAGCAACGAGUGGACAGGCAAAUUCUCGUUCCAUGGACGCAGUCUACAUCACAUUAGCAACACACCAAAUCCGUAUGAACAAGCCAUCUCGAUUAUUGGGCGAACACUAUCGAAAUUCGAUGAAGAUAAUCUGAUUCCAUGUUUCGGAUUUGGAGAUGCAUCAACACACGAUCAAGAUGUCUUCUGUUUCUCUCCUGACGAGAAACCUUGUAAUGGAUUUGAAGAAGCUCUCGAUCGAUAUAGGGAACUUGUACCACAUUUGCGCUUAGCUGGACCAACAUCCUUUGCACCAAUUAUUGAGAUGGCUAUGACCAUUGUGGAGCAAAGUGGCGGGCAAUACCACGUCCUAUUGAUAAUUGCAGAUGGGCAGGUUACGAGGAGUGUAGAUACUGCAUCUGGACAGCUGAGUUCGCAAGAGCAAAAAACUGUUGAUGCCAUUGUGAAGGCCAGUGAAUUGCCUUUGUCCAUUGUGUUAGUAGGAGUUGGUGAUGGCCCCUGGGACAUGAUGAAGGAAUUUGAUGACAACAUUCCUGCUCGAGCUUUUGACAAUUUCCAAUUUGUAAAUUUUUCAGAGAUAAUGUCCAAAAACAUGGCACAAUCAAGGAAAGAGGCUGCAUUUGCUCUUUCAGCAUUGAUGGAGAUACCACCACAGUAUAAAGCAACCGUGGAAUUAGGGAUUUUGGGUCGUCGCUCUUUCAAGUCUCCUGACAGGGUUCCUCUGCCUCCCCCUUCCGGAAGUCAUGGCGCUUAUUCCUACUAUUCAUCUAAAGGAUUUAGCAAACCGAGCACCUACCCUCAGAGUUCUUCAUCCUCAUCACCCUAUCCUCACUAUGAAACUCCACAUACAGCCACCCCAGCUGCGCCUUCAGCCACUUAUGACAACCAGGUCUGUCCUAUCUGCCUCGUGAACCCCAAGGACAUGGCGUUUGGUUGUGGACACCAGACCUGCUGUGACUGCGGACAGAUCCUGGAGUCGUGCCCAAUCUGUCGCACUCCCAUCACCACAAGGAUAAAGCUAUACUAGCAAGUAGUGGUUUGGAUCAUUGUCAAUGGGUGGUAUACUGGAGGAGCCACCCAGCGUCACACUGGAGGAUCGUGUCAGCAUGCCCAUAGAUCGAUUGCAAUCGGAAAGCUGGAGCGGCACUCCAUAGAUCGAUCGAUUGGAUCUAAGGAUUGCAGGGACAAAGCAUGGAUCAAUUGGAGCGAGGAUUGCAGGGCCGUUGAUUCAUCGCUCAGGGUUGUCCCAGUAUUCAUAUCCACCAGGAAUGAUCCGAAUCUCAUAUCGCAAUAAAUAAUAAAAAAUAAUAAACGAGCAGAAAGAUGAGAAACACACACAAAAAAAGUGGUGGCGUGGAGGAUCAGACGAUUGCGUGUAGGGUCAUCACACGCAACUCAGCUUGGUUACUACUCUAAUCUGCAACUUUAGUUGUACAUACCCAACUUUAGGAUCAGAGGAUUCCUUAUUUGUGCGUGUGCCCGUGUUUUUUUGUUUGUUUCGUGAUUUCGUCCGAGAUAUGUUGAUUUGUUCUUUGCUAGCAAUUGUGUAAAAAUCCAAUCCGCAUUUUUUGGCGCCAUCGAAAUAAAUGCUAUGUUGU